AUGGCAGAUACUUUUCAAUAUAAAUCAAAAGAUGGAAAAUUGAUCGAUUUUGAUGUUUCAAGACCCUCAUGUGAAAGGUAUGGUUUUUUUGCAGGAUCAAGAGUAAUGACACCAAAAGGUGCUGGAACAGUGAUUGGAGUUUAUGAAAAUAAUUUAUGGUUCCAUAUAGAAGGUGACGAAGGUGCAUCAUAUUGGGAUAAUGGCAAAGAUUACGAGUCAUUGGUAUUUAAAUUAAGUGUUCAACUUAUCGAUGACGAACCAAUUGGACCAACUGAAAAUAGAUAUAGAGUAAAGAGAAUCACUUACCUUAAGAAAGAAGUUUCAAUUAUCCUUCAAAAUGAGAAUGGACCAUGUCCAUUGAUUUCAAUUGCAAAUGUUUUAUUACUCUCUCAAAAAAUUUAUUUAGAUCCUGAUAUUCAAUUUGUUACAAUUAAAAAACUUGGUGAUUUAAUUAUGAAACAUGCUAAAAGCCUUUAUAAAGAAAAUCAAGAUGUAUUAGAAAUAUUAGAAGAUUAUAAUAAAAAUGUUUUACCAAGUUUAGAGAAGGGUUUAAUUGUAAAUAUAUACUUUGACAGUAUUCAAGGAUUUGAAAAGACUGAACCAUGCCAAAUUUUUGAUUAUUUAAAUAUUAAAUUGGUUCAUGGUUGGAUUGUAGAUCCAAAUCAAAAAGAGGUCAAGCAACUUAUUGGCCACUUAAAUUAUAACGAUUUAGUUCCAAAGAUUGUUACUUUCGAUCAAAGUUUUCCAAAUGCAAAACCAGAGUUACAACAAAAAAUUAAUGAUUUCGCAAAUAGUAAUCAAUUAACAGAUUAUGGUUUGUCAUUAAUCCAAGAACACUUAAAAGAAGAUGAACUAUGUGUAUUUUUUAGAAACAAUCACUUUGCUACCAUGACCAAACAUGAUGGAUAUUUACAUAUUUUAGUAUCAGAUGUAGGUUAUGAAAGAGAAAACAAUAUCAUUUGGGAUAGAAUUAUGUCAAAAGAAGGUGAAUCCAUUUUCCUCUCUGGAGAUUUCCGUUCAAGAAAAGAUGAAUUAAUCAUUGAAGUUGUAAAUACUUUGAAACUAUUUGGUUUCAAAGAUAAUGAAGUCGACGAAGCUAAAUCUUAUAUUCAAACAAUUGAUAAAAUGGAUGUUGAUUUAGUUGAUGAAGCAACAAAAUUUCUUCAAAGUAGAGGAUAUACUUUAUAA